GCCGAUGUGGUCGGAGUAACAACAAGAUCGGCAGCCAAGAAAGAACAAGCACAGACAACAGCCGAUCAGUCAGAAACGGAAACGGAAGAAGAAACGGAUGAUACAGAUAACCGUAAACCUCUGGAGCGUGAAUCAAUAACAGACAGGGUUCUGCCGCAUCAUCCAAUCUGUGUUGGGUUCUCAUCUUCGACGUAUCCGCAACCAUUUCUUCAUCCAUGA